AGCAGAAGGGAGACAUGAAUUCACUUAAAAUUUCCACCCUUUGUAUCCUACUCUCUAUCAUUUCCAUACCCAACUUCACUGCUUCCCAAAUCCUAUUUCAGGGGUUCAAUUGGGAAUCAGCAAGGAAGGGAGGAUGGUACAACAUCUUGGAGCAGUCUGCAGCUGAACUAGCUUCUUCAGGAAUUACACAUGUUUGGCUUCCACCACCUUCUCAAUCUGUUUCAGAUGAAGGCUACAUGCCUGGCAGGCUCUAUGAUCUCACAUCAAAAUAUGGAAACCAAGAUGAAUUAAAGGCGCUGGUAAAAGCCUACCAUGACAAGGGGAUACAGAGCAUAGCAGAUAUUGUUAUAAACCAUAGAUGUGCAGAGAAGCAAGAUGAGAGAGGAAAAUGGUGCAUUUUUGAGGGAGGAACACCGGAUGAUCGCCUUGAUUGGGGGCCGUCUCUUAUUUGCAGCGACGACACAGAUUAUUCUGAUGGCAAGGGAAACCCUGACACUGGAGCUCCCUUUGUUCCUGCUCCUGACAUUGAUCACAAAAACACAAGGGUCCAGAGUGAGCUCUCGGAUUGGAUGAACUGGUUAAAGACCGAAAUUGGUUUCAGCGGCUGGCGAUUUGAUUUUGUCAUGGGAUAUGCUCCAGAGUUCACCAAGUUGUAUGUGGCAAACACAAAGCCUAGUUUCUCAGUAGGAGAGUAUUGGAAUUCCACUACUCGCGACGAGCUCGCUGGAUGGAUAGGGAAUGCUGGAGGAGAGGUUACUGCUUUUGAUUUUACAACUAAAGGGAUACUUCAAGCUGCUGUCCAGGGUGAACUGUGGAGGUUGAAGGACUCGAAUGGAGGUCCUCCUGGAUUGAUUGGAAUAUUGCCACGCAAUAGUGUGACAUUCAUAGACAAUCAUGAUACAGGUUCCACACAAAAAAAGUGGGAAUUUCCAUCAGAUAAAGUCAUGCAGGGAUAUGCUUACACUCUUACUCAUCCAGGCGUCCCAUCAAUAUUCUAUGACCACUUCUUUGACUGGGGAUUGAAAGGGGAGAUCUCGAACCUCACUGCAAUUAGGUCCAGGAAUGGGAUCAAGCCCGACAGUGCCGUCAGUAUCCUAGCAGCUGAUGCAGAUCUCUAUGUAGCUUCCAUAGAUGACAAAAUCAUAACCAAGAUUGGUCCAAGAUUCGAUGUUGGGAACCUUGUACCGUCAACAUUCAAAAUUGCAACUUCUGGAAAGGAUUAUUGUGUUUGGGAGAAAUCAGCAUGAAGGUCUAGCAGCAAAUAAUUAAUAAAGCACUGGUGAUUGCAACUUUGCAAGUGUAUAUCAUAAAGUAAAAGGUGUUUUAGGAGAGAAUCUACCGUUAUUGUUCGAUAGAAAUACUUAUUUAGAGCAUCUCCAACAGCUUUUCCAUUUUCUUGAAAUUCUCAAUUUUGAGGAAUAUAGAGCUAUUUUUAGGUCCAACAGCUAUCCCAUCCUAUUCCCCAAAAUGGGGAUGAAGAAGAAAAAGAAGUUUUCAUUCC